UCUAAAGCAACAGGAUGUAAAUGGAGAAUUAAUGGAAAUCUUCCAAAAGAUUCUUCAAUGAUUUCAUUUACUACUGUUGUUGAUGAACAUAACCAUCAAAUGAUACCUUCACCUUUAACCAAUAUUGCUAAAUAUCGUAAACUUAGUGAAGAUAUGAUCGAAUUUAUAGAAUUUUGCAUACAAUAUGGUACAACUGGUACACGAAAUAUUGGCCAGCUUUUGAAAGGAAAGUUUCUUGGAAGAAACAUUUAUCAGAAGAAUCUGUAUAAUGCAAUUCAAAUUGCGAAAAAGAAGUUAUCACCAAGGACUGAAUUUGAUACUUCAGAUUUAAUGAAAUUCUUGUAUUCAAAACAAACUGAUGAUUCAUGUUGGUUUAUAAAAAUUAAAUUUGAUGGAAUUGAACGUCGAUUAUGUGCAUUAUUAUGGAUGACGCCUGAUCAAUAA